CACUGUGAUCGGAAAAGUGAGAAAAUUAGUUGCUUAUAGAACAAUGAUGAGAAUUAACAUUUUGUUAGCUCUAUCUCUUCUACUAUCUACAAUCUUUGCUGAGGACAAUGUUGCCCAAAAAUUUCAAUCCUUCGAAAUUGUUCCUGACGUUUUCACGGAAGUUCCUAAAAAUUUAAUUGAGGUCGGUGUAAAAUAUCCAAGUGGAUUGGAAGUAAACUAUGGCGAGGAACUGACACCAACGGACGUCAAGGACCCACCUUCCGUAACUUGGAAUGCAAAUCCUGAUAAUUACUACACCCUAAUUAUGACGGAUCCGGAUGCACCAAGCAGGAAAGAUCGAAGACUUGGUGAAAUUAAGCACUGGAUGGUGGUUAAUAUUCCCGGAAGUAAUUUAGAUGAAGGUGAAACAAUAGCUGAAUACAUUGGGUCAGGCCCACCUAAGAAUACGGAUUUACAUCGGUACAUUUUCUUGGUAUUCAUGCAACCAGAAAAAAUUGAUUUUUCUCAUGAGGAAAAAUCAGACAUGCGGAGUGUGAAAAAUCGUAUAUUUUUCUCAUCACAAGAUUUCUCUGAAAAAUAUUCGCUUCAUCUUAUUGGUGGGAACUUCUAUCAGGCACAGUACGAUGACUAUGUUCCAAUCUUAGCUGCUCAAUUUCAGGAAAAUUAGAGAACAUCUGAAAAAUUGCUUCGUUGGGUUUGAUAAGAUGAUAAAUUUUAAUAUUUUCCUAAUAGAAUAAAGAAAACUAAAAAAAAAGGAAA